AUGGCGCGCGGCACAAAGCUCCCCCAGCUGUCACCGCCACAAGCUGUCACCGCCAGCAGCAGAAAGUGUCUCAGCUACAUAGCCAGCAACAGCAGCAGCAGCAAGAGGAGCAGAAAGUCUCAGCGACAUAGCCAGCAACAGCAGCAGCAGCGGAAAGUGUCUCAGCGACAUAGCCAGCAACAGCAGCAACAGCGGAAAGUGUCUCAGCUACAUAGCCAGCAGCAACAGCAGCAACAGCAGCAGCGGAAAGUGUCUCAGCUACAUAGCCAGCAACAGCAGCAGCAGCGGAAAGUGUCUCAGCGACAUAGCCAGCAGCAACAGCAGCAGCGGAAAGUGUCUCAGCUACAUAGCCAGCAGCAACAGCAGCAGAAAGUGUCUCAGCUACAUAGCCAGCAGCAGCAGCGGAAAGUGUCUCAGCGACAUAGCCAACAACAGCAGCAGCAGAAAGUGUCUCAGCAACAUAGCCAGCAACAGCAGCAGCGGAAAGUGUCUCAGCGACAUAGCCAGCAACAGCAGCAGCAGCAGAAAGUGUCUCAGCUACAUAGCCAGCAACAGCAGCAGCAGCAGCGGAAAGUGUCUCAACUACAUAGCCAGCAACAGCAGCAGCAGCGGAAAGUGUCUCAGCUACAUAGCCAGCAGCAGCAGCAGCAGCGGAAAGUGUCUCAGCGACAUAGCCAGCAACAGCAGCAACAGCGGAAAGUGUCUCAGCUACAUAGCCAGCAGCAACAGCAGCAACAGCAGCAGCGGAAAGUGUCUCAGCUACAUAACCAGCAACAGCAGCAGCAGCGGAAAGUGUCUCAGCGACAUAGCCAGCAGCAACAGCAGCAGCGGAAAGUGUCUCAGCUACAUAGCCAGCAGCAACAGCAGCAGAAAGUGUCUCAGCUACAUAGCCAGCAGCAGCAGCGGAAAGUGUCUCAGCGACAUAGCCAACAACAGCAGCAGCAGAAAGUGUCUCAGCAACAUAGCCAGCAACAGCAGCAGCGGAAAGUGUCUCAGCGACAUAGCCAGCAACAGCAGCAGCAGCAGCAGAAAGUGUCUCAGCUACAUAGCCAGCAACAGCAGCAGCAGCAGCGGAAAGUGUCUCAACUACAUAGCCAGCAACAGCAGCAGCAGCAGCGGAAAGUGUCUCAGCUACAUAGCCAGCAGCAGCAGCAGCGGAAAGUGUCUCAGCUACAUAGCCAGCAACAGCAGCAACAGCAGCGGAAAGUGUCUCAGCUACAUAGCCAGCAGCAACAGCAGCAACAGCAGCAGCGGAAAGUGUCUCAGCUACAUAGCCAGCAACAGCAGCAGCAGCGGAAAGUGUCUCAGCGACAUAGCCAGCAGCAACAGCAGCAGCGGAAAGUGUCUCAGCUACAUAGCCAGCAGCAACAGCAGCAGAAAGUGUCUCAGCUACAUAGCCAGCAGCAGCAGCGGAAAGUGUCUCAGCGACAUAGCCAACAACAGCAGCAGCAGAAAGUGUCUCAGCAACAUAGCCAGCAACAGCAGCAGCGGAAAGUGUCUCAGCGACAUAGCCAGCAACAGCAGCAGCAGCAGCAGAAAGUGUCUCAGCUACAUAGCCAGCAACAGCAGCAGCAGCAGCGGAAAGUGUCUCAGCUACAUAGCCAGCAACAGCAGCAGCAGCAGAAAGUGUCUCAGCUACAUAGCCAGCAACAGCAGCAACAGCAGCGGAAAGUGUCUCAGCUACAUAGCCAGCAGCAACAGCAGCAGAAAGUGUCUCAGCUACAUAGCCAGCAACAGCAGCAGCAGCAGCGGAAAGUGUCUCAGCUACAUAGCCAGCAGCAGCAGCAGAAAGUGUCUCAGCUACAUAGCCAGCAGCAGCAGCAGAAAGUGUCUCAGCUACAUAGCCAGCAGCAGCAGCAGCGGAAAGUGUCUCAGCUACAUAGCCAGCAGCAGCAGCAGCAGAAAGUGUCUCAGCGACAUAGCCAGCAGCAGCAGCAGCAGAAAGUGUCUCAGCUACAUAGCCAGCAACAGCAGCAGCAGAAAGUGUCUCAGCUACAUAGCCAGCAGCAGCAAGAGGAGCAGAAAGUGUCUCAGCGACAUAGCCAGCAGCAACAGCAAGUGAAUCAGCGACAUAGCCAGCAGCAGCAGAAAGUGUCUCAGCGACAUAGCCAGCAGCAGCAGCAGAAAGUGUCUCAGCGACAUAGCCAACAACAGCAGCAACAGCGGAAAGUGUCUCAGCGACAUAGCCAGCAGCAACAGCAGCAGCGGAAAGUGUCUCAGCGACAUAGCCAGCAGCAGCAGCGGAAAGUGUCUCAGCGACAUAGCCAGCAGCAACAGCAGCAGCAGCGGAAAGUGUCUCAGCGACAUAGCCAGCAACAGCAGCAGCAGAAAGUGUCUCAGCUACAUAGCCAGCAACAGCAGCGGAAAGUGUCUCAGCGACAUAGCCAGCAGCAACAGCAGCAACAGCAGCAGCGGAAAGUGUCUCAGCUACAUAGCCAGCAACAGCAGCAGCAGCAGAAAGUGUCUCAGCUACAUAGCCAGCAGCAGCAGCGGAAAGUGUCUCAGCGACAUAGCCAGCAGCAGCAGCGGAAAGUGUCUCAGCGACAUAGCCAGCAGCAGCAGCGGAAAGUGUCUCAGCGACAUAGCCAGCAGCAGCAGCGGAAAGUGUCUCAGCUACAUAGCCAGCAACAGCAGCAACAGAAAGUGUCUCAGCUACAUAGCCAGCAACAGAAAGUGUCUCAGCUACAUAGCCAGCAACAGCAGCAGCAGCGGAAAGUGUCUCAGCUACAUAGCCAGCAGCAGCAGCAGCAGCGGAAAGUGUCUCAGCUACAUAGCCAGCAGCAACAGCAGCAACAGCAGCAGCAGCGGAAAGUGUCUCAGCUACAUAGCCAGCAACAGAAAGUGUCUCAGCUACAUAGCCAGCAACAGCAGCAGCAGAAAGUGUCUCAGCUACAUAGCCAGCAGCAGCAGCAAGAGGAGCAGAAAGUCUCUCAGCUACAUUGCCAGCAACAGCAGCAACAGCAGCAAGUGUCUCAGCUACAUAGCCAGCAGCAAGAGGAGCAGAAAGUGUCUCAGCUACAUAGCCAGCAGCAGCAACAGCAAGUGAAUCAGCUCAUAGCCAGCAGCGACAACAACAGCAAGUGA